AUAGAGGACAUCAUUGGCACCGUUCGAGAUUCCAACCUGAAGCUGACACUGGCCUUUGGGAUCGGCAUGCAUCAUGCAGGACUCCAUGAGAGAGACAGAAAGACUGUAGAGGAACUGUUUGUCAACUGUAAGAUUCAGGUUCUGAUUGCUACCAGCACUCUGGCCUGGGGAGUGAACUUCCCCGCUCACCUGGUUGUCGUCAAGGGAACCGAGUACUACGAUGGCAAAUCCAGGCGCUAUGUGGACUACCCCAUCACAGACGUGCUGCAGAUGAUGGGGCGAGCAGGCCGUCCUCAGUUUGAUGACCAGGGCAAAGCAGUCAUCCUUGUCCACGACAUAAAGAAGGAUUUCUACAAGAAGUUUCUGUACGAGCCGUUUCCUGUAGAGUCCAGCCUCCUCGGCGUGCUCUCUGAUCAUCUGAAUGCUGAGAUUGCUGCAGGAACCAUCUCAUCCAAGCAGGACGCCAUGGACUACAUCACCUGGACCUACUUCUUCAGACGGCUGAUGAUGAAUCCCAGUUAUUACAGCCUAGAGGACAUCAGCCACGAGUCUAUUAACAGGUAUCUGUCCAACCUGGUGGAGAGAAGCCUGCGUGACCUCGAGGGCUCCUACUGCAUUGAAAUUAAAGAGGACGAUCAGUCGACGGAGCCUCUUACCUACGGUCGCAUUGCCUCCUAUUACUACCUGAAGCACCAGACCAUCCGCACGUUCAAGGAGCGCCUCAGGGCGGAGCUACCCAUACACGAGCUGCUCUCUGUGCUCACGGAUGCAGAAGAGUAUGCCGAGCUGCCCGUCAGACACAACGAGGACCAGCUGAACAGCCAGCUGGCUCAGCAGCUCCCCUUGCAGGUCAACCCCCACUCCUAUGAUAGCGCACACACCAAGACCCACCUGCUGCUGCAGGCCCACUUCGGCCACGCCCAGCUGCCUUGCAGCGACUACACCACCGACACCAAAACUGUGCUGGACAACGCCAUCCGCAUCUGUCAGGCAAUGCUGGAUGUAGCUGCCAAUGAAGGCUGGCUCGUCACAGCCAUCAGCAUCUGCAAUCUUGUGCAAAUGAUCGUCCAGGGCCGCUGGCUGCACGACUCCUCCUUACUGACGCUCCCACACGUAGAACAGCAACACCUCGGCCUGUUCAGGAACAGGGGAAACAGGAAGGGGCAGGGAGGUUUGAACGAGCCGAUCGAAGGACUUCCUGAGCUGAUCGCUGCCUGUAAUGGAAAUGAAAGCGUCUUCUCUGCUAUGGUGGCCCGACAGCUUCAUCCGAGUCAGACUGCUCAGGCGUGGUCGUUCCUGAGCCAUCUCCCAGUGCUGGAAGUUGAGAUGAGCAUGAAGGGCUGGUGGGAGGAGAGCCAGGAGCAGACGGAGCGUCCCAUCCCUGCAGCAGGAGCUAACCUCAGGAAGGAGAGCAGCUGGCUCGACGUCCACGCUGACCAGGAGUAUGUUCUGCAGGUGUCACUGAGACGCCUCAAUCUGGGACAGCAGAGGAGGAGGCAGGACAGCAAGGCCCAAGCUCCCAGGUUCCCCAAGGCCAAGGAUGAGGGCUGGUUCCUCGUGCUGGGGGAGGUGGAUCGCAGGGAGCUGCUGGCUGUGAAACGGCUGGGAUACGUGCGUAACCACACGGCCGUGUCCAUGGCCUUCUACACCCCGGAGAGGACCGGAAAGUGUAUUUACACGCUGUACCUGAUGAGUGACAGCUACCUGGGUCUGGACCAGCAGUAUGAUGUUCACCUGAACGUAACGCCUGCCAGCAUCGCUGCACAGGUCAACAGCGAGGUCUCACAUUCGGAUCUGUCCCUGGGCUGAGGAAGUACCUCUGUGUCACGUCGGCGACGUCUGUCAGUCACCGCUUUGCUGACCUCGGAAGUGACGUCGUUUCUUUCUCACGCACUGUGGCUGUGCUCACUGUGGUGCACCGGUGCCAAGGACCGCCUCAUUCUCAUUCAUUUAACUUUCAAUUGGUAACAUCCAACAAGAGUCUGCUGCUGCGCCGUUCUUGAUUGGCUGGAUCUUUGUGUGUGGUGUCAGAUAUAUAAGCAUGGCGGCACACGUUCGAACAGCAGCUGUGUAGCUGUGAAAUGUAGCUCUGUGCCUGAAUUGUAGAGAACAUCGUACAGAUUAUACCAAAGCACAUCACCGAACACAAACAGGUUGCUGUCGUGUUUGGGAGGUUGUGGGCUGACAGUAACACAAGCUGUGUUAAAUGUGAGCACGCUGUGGAGCUUCAGCUCAACAACAGGAUCAUACAUUUCCCUGACUCCGUGCCUGUGUGGAUGUGGAAACGCAGUGUGACAAACCUUCUGUGGCCUCGUGUUGGAGCAGCAGCCAGUGUGGGUGAGAGAUUUCUGUGAAGGGCAGAAAAUGUGCAAAUCGUUUUGGAUCAGAUGUGGAAACAAAGUGUUUGUUUGGAUGAAGUGCUUUGAGUUCAGGUGUGUGAACAAAGCUUCCUCCUCCCUCACCGCUGCAUGCUUCAGAGGCCCUGAGCCUAACGCUGCUGUGUCUGUGGCCUUUGUGUGGAUGUGUAUGAACCCCGUGAGCAGCACUGUGCCGCCAAUCAUUAAAGAAUUUACAUUUGGUUUUGAAUAAAGUGUUUUGUGUGGCUUCAAA